AUGCUUCCUACAUUUCUCUUUGCUGCAUCCUCCUUGUCCAUUAUUGCCUACUUGUAUUCGGUGCUCUUGAUACCUACUGUCAUGACAGCCACCAUUGCUACUUUGAAAAGAGAUCCAAAUAGCACAGUCUUUAACGGUACAGCAGAAGUGCCUUUGGAUAUCAAAUGCCCAUUUUUAUCCCCUCGAACUUCACCACCGCAGAGUGUGCAUGACCUGAGACCGGACGAUUUUCGUAUUGUAAUGGGAUUAGGUGAUAGUGUCAUGGCUGGCUUUGCUGCCAAAGGUGUUCAAAAUGACAAUUUUUUCAACAUCAAGAACUUGUAUGAAAACAGAGGCAUAUCCUUUGCAAUGGGGGGUGACGCCAAUACUGUCACUGUACCUAAUAUUAUGAACUACUACUCGUAUCAUCUAGUGGGUUCUUCAAAAGGAGAUCACAUUAUUAGUAUUUGCUUUGGCAACCAAAUUUGUCCUGAUGGCCAAUACAGACCCAAAAACGAUGUAUUGAAUGCUGCACAAUCCGGUGCUCGAAGCUUGAAUUUAAAUCAUCAAAUUGAUUACAUAUUGGACUACUUGGACAAGGUGUACAAGACGGGUGGCGCGAAACCAACGGAUUGGAAGCUGCUUACAGUCUUCAUCGGUUCCAACGACAUUUGCCAUUCGUGCACAGAGAUCACUUCUCUUCCUCCUGCAUUUAGUGUCAACGUGUUGGCAGCCAUUGAAAGAAUUAGAACAAGCGUGUCAAACGUACUGGUGCAAAUAGUUGGCAUGAUGCGAGUGCAAGACAUUGUGGUGAAUACUGCCAACUUUACCGAUUACUGUCAACCUAUACCGGGUAGUAACUUUAUUGGCCAUGACCAUGAAUGCGAAUGCUCUCACAGUGCAGCUAAUCUUACUAUCAUGAGCAACUUGUUUCCUCAGUACAAUCAAGCAUUGCAAGACGUGGCACAGCAUUUCCAAAGUAGUGUGUUUGAGGCCGACCAACAAUUCGCUGUUGUCUAUCAGCCUUUGCUGGUAGAUAUCUUUUCAUUUCCUAUAGAGGCAAUCAGUAAUAUCGAUUGCUUUCAUCCGUCUACUUUGGCUCACGAGUGGCUGUCCAAGAUGCUAUGGAAAAUGAUGUUCAUGCAGCCAGAUCAGAAGCAAGAAACUCUCAAAUUUAAUGCCAACGCACCAAUUUUCUGUCCUACGGAUGAGGAUCGAAUCAGAACACUGUGA